CAUGGAAACUAAUAAUGGAUUAUGGAGAAAUAUCCAAAAUUUAACAAAUAAUUCUGGUUAUGUAUGUGAAAUGUCAAAAAUUGAUACAACAGGAUGUAGACCAUAUUGGCACGUUUUAAAAGGUUAUAAAGAUUUAAGGAAUUCUACAAAAAUUGAUAGUUCAAAAGAAAUUUGCCUUCAGGAUUGUUUUUCCGGUAAAUACGGUGUUUGUCAUAGUAUUUCUUGGGAUGUUCAAGCUAAACAAUGCUAUUUACAUUCUACAAAAAUUUUUGCUGAAGAUUUUAGCAGUCUGGUUACUGAUAUUAUGUUCAAUAUCUAUCAAUGGGAAUGCGAAGGUGACAGUGAACCAGUCUGUUUUAGGGAGAAUAAUAUUAUUGAUAACUUACCGGAUAAAAGUUUCACAGCAUCGACUGUUGCAACAGCAGCUAAAUCUCUGCCUGUUCAAGCAAAAUUCAGUAGUUAUAGACAAGAGAACCAAUUAGGAGCAUUUAGGCCUGAAUCUAUUUAUCCAUACCAAUGGCUUCAAGUGGACCUAUUAAAUUUAUACAAUGUAACUGGCUACCAUAUUUUAGGAGGAGAAAGAUACGACAAAAACACAGUUAUCAAUCAUUAUGUCUUGUACAGUUUAAAUUGUCAAGACUUUUCCUACUACAGUACAAUGCACACCAAAGAAAUUAUUAUGAUGAUUGGCCACGGUUUUUGGUCUUUAACAAGAGUAAUACUAUUUAAAUAUCCUAUUAUCGCUCGUUGUUUUCGUAUACUUCCAAUAACUUGGGAUACAACACCUGAUUUGCGUCUAUCACUUCGCGGUUGUCAACUCAAUAAGCAGAUUUUAGUUUCGGAUUUAGAAGGGGUUGCAUUAGGAAUGGAGUCGGGUCAUAUUGAAGAUUAUCAAUUAAGCGUAAAAGAAAUGAAAGCGAGUUUAACAGUUCAUUAUCCGCCAUUUUUAGCGAGAUUAAGAGGUCGACCAAAAGAUUAUCCUUUCCAAAUUCCCUGUUUCUAUCCAAUAGAGAAGGAUAAUUGGUUCGAAGUAAUGUGGUCGCUUCCCAUUCAAUUUUAUGGAUUAUCUAUAGACCCUUCUCAAGCUUCUUAUGGUAAUAUUCAAGUGUUUACAAUGGCAGUGGCUAGUCAGAUUGGCGUCGACAUGUUGGAAAAGGUAAAAGAUGACAAUGGAAAUGUUCUUCAAUUUUCCCUUCCCAAUGACCUUGUUACAAUUACUCCAAUUCAAAUAAGAUUGGACGAACCCCUAACGGCUAGAUAUGUUCGUAUUUAUCCAGUUAAAUGGCAAAGUCUUGGAUGCAGCGUAUUCGAAUUCUAUGGAAAAUUAGACGCUAUUUGUCCUAAUCUUGGUCUUGAAAACAAUAAAAUUUGCCCAAUAAUGCAGAAUAUUUCUACAGUUUACAACGAAACAUCAGGAUUAAUGUACUCUAGAGUAGAAUCAACAAUAUUAAUUGAAUUGGAUCAAUUAUAUCAUUUGACCUCAUUUCAAAUAAAAUUCGCUCGUACACCACUUCCGGUUUGGACAUUAAACUGGUCAAGAGACAAUAACAUUUGGAAGUCAUUAGACAAGUAUAAAAUUGACAAACAGGAUGACAAAACCCAUAACAUAACAUUUUUAAAUCAACAUUCUGCAACAAAACUACGUAUAAACUUAUGGAAUUUAAAUACAAGUUUGACAAUUCCUUGUAUUGAAUAUUCAAUAAAUGGCUGCGAAGCUGAAACAUGUCCACCAAAUACUAUUGAAUAUGAUCAUUCUUGUUAUCAUUAUUUUCCUGGAGAGAUAUACGGGGCUUCUGAUUUUGAUACUGGCCCUAUAAGGCAUAUUUGCGAUAAUAUUGUAUGGAAAAAUCAGGCCUAUACUGUUGAAGUAUCAUCUAUUGAAGAAGAUUCUCUGGUUGUAUAUUUGAAUAGAAGGACAGGGUUUAGAGUAUUUUAUGGACUGGUUGUAAAUAAUUCAAUACCCCAAACCCCUCAUAUGAAAUUACUCAAUCCAGAUCUUAAUUGGCAAUGGUCCAAUAAUGCUGAACAUAACUUUACAAAUUUUGAUCGUAAUAACGAUGUAGGUGAACCAGGAUUACCAACUGAACAUUGCGUAAUGUACUCAACGAAAUUUUAUGCCUGGCAUAAUAUUAACUGUAAUGCUCCUUGCCAAUAUCUUUGCGAAAUGAAAGCCAACAAGAAAAGGCAAAGUACUCAGAGUACAAAAUGGUUUUAUUAUCAAAAUUCUUCAUUAAAUUCUAAUCAUUUGCAUAAAGUUUACGAAACUACUCAAGUGGAAAGUUGUUCGUAUUUGUGUCAACAACAAAAGGAAUUUCAAUGCAAAAGAUUCGCUUUUGGGCAUGAUUCACAAAAAUGUUUCUUGUAUAAUGAAACUACAAAUUACGAUAUCAAUUCUAUACCUGUAGAUGGCGUUAGUAGUUUGGAUACUUGGGAAAUAUAUUCAACAGUUAACGAAUGCGAACAACCACUAAUUGAAAGUCCAAAUGGAAUAUCAGAUUCAAAUAUUCAAACCAAUUCUCCACCAAUGUCUUCAAGGUACGGUAUAUCUCAAUUACGGAUGGUUUACCGUCAAUUUUAUGGUUCAAGACACCCGGAUAAUGCAGGAUACUUUAAAGGAUCAGAUCAAACUACUUAUCUAAAAUUCGACUUUGGAAGGAUUGUUCGAAUGACACGAAUCAAGAUAGAAGGAGCCGGAAGCUACAGCCAAAAAUGGAUAGAAUAUUUCUACUUAGCAAUCAGUAAUAGAACAGACAGUUUAAAUUUUGUUAAAACGUCUAAUGGAGAUCGUCGAAAAUUUUUUGGAAAUUUUAAUCAAUUAGCAAUUAUUCAAAAUGCUUUUCGUCCCCAUUUAAUUGCUCAAUACGUUCAGUUUUUUGCCUAUUCGUACCACCGUGAAUAUGCAGUUAGACUGGAAUUUUACGGUUGUAAUUAUACCGGAAUUGUGGAUGAGUUUACUAAACCUCUUGGUCUGAAGAGUAAUUAUAUAUUACAUUCUCAAAUGCUAGCCGAACAACUUUAUACUGCUCAUACGGGAAUUCACGAAAUUCGAUUAGGUUGUCUACCAGUUUUCCACUCUACUGGGUACUUUCAUGUAAUUGGAAAAUGGCAAUUUGACCUUGGCAUUCAACAUUUUAUAGUAAAAACAAUAUCUACCGGUAAUUGUAAUGGACGUAUCGGAUAUUUGAAAACUUUUUCAAUAAUGUAUACAAAUGACCUUGAACAAUGGUCAUACCAUGUGACUAAUAAUGGAUCAGUUAAAAAUUACUAUGUUAGCGAAUCGAAUGAAAAGGCAGAAGUAACCUUUGAUCCUAUAAUAAAAGCUCGUUACAUAAGAUUUAUACAUACUGACCAAAGCAAUUCUAUUAUACCAGCUAUUACAAUGGAACUUUACGGCUAUCCAGCAAAACAUUCCAAAUUGGGAGUAACUGGUAAAUUCCCCAAAACAAUUACUGUAUCAUCUCAGAAGAGUUUGUCUACUUCCGGUAAGAUGGCGUUAAUGUUUGACAAUAGUUUCUGGUGUAAGGAAGAUAAUGACACUGAUGGUUGGUGGUUGGCUGACAUGAAUACCAUACAUUACAUAGAGAGAAUUUAUAUAUAUCAUAAAGAGAACCAAUUCAAAGAUUCUUGUAAGGAUAUUUCUGUGUCUGGAGCUCAAUUCGAUAAAAAAAAUAUCACUAAAAUGGCCGAUGAAAUAACAUGUAAAUCCGAAUUGAAUAGGACAAUUAUCUUUUCGUCACCAGCAUUGAGAUUGAGAUAUAUCCUUCUAAAUUUCACUAAUGGACCAAAAGAUUGUGUCAGAUUCGAAUUGUAUGGUGAAAAAGCUCCAAUUUGCCCUCCCGGCUCUCUAAGGCAGUUGGAUAAGUGCUAUACGAUUUCAGAUGCGCCAGCAAAUUUUGAACAAUGCGAUAAAUUUUGCAAAACUGGAUUUAAUUGGAAAGAUCAAGGUUAUUUGGUAAUGCCAAAAAAUUCAUUCGAAGUAGAUCUCGUUCAAAGAUAUUAUAUGUUUAAAGAUAAGAACUAUGGUAUCUAUAUUGGAGCUAAACAAACAACACUAACUAGCUAUGAUUGGUUGGAUGGAACACCAAUUACCAACUAUUUACAAAAAAGCUUUCACUUUUCUGCAAAUAUUUUUAAAACAUACCUUAUCAGAAAAGACACCUUUGAAAAUAGUGAGGGCACUGAAAACGGUUACGCAAUGUGCGAAACAAUGGCGAAUUUACCAGAUGAUGAAAAUGAUUAUGAUGAAGAAGAAAAUUGCCAGCCUUUAUAUAGUUUAUUGCCUCAUCAUACUUUAAAUAGUACCCCAAUAGCAUCUCUAGAUAUCACAAAAAGUUACAAAUUGUUACCGGAAGGUAACUUUGAAAGUGAAAAAGAUUUUAAUGUUACAACUAGAGUUUAUAAACAGUCGGAUAGUGAUUAUACUGAUUUUCGUCUUGGAAAAUCAAUGACAAGUUAUAUCGUUGCAACUUGUUCAGAUGAAUAUGUUUAUGAAUGCUAUUUGGAAGUGAAUUUUGAGAGAUUAGUAACAUUGACUGCCUUUACUACAGCUUAUAGGCUGUUUCAUGACCAAUAUACAAGAACAGCUCAAAUCUUCUACAAAAGAUCUUCGUAUGAUCAAUGGCUGGCUGUUAGAGACAAGGAUGGUGAUAUUAUUAGUUAUUUUAUUCAAGAAGAUCAAGGCUAUUAUAAUCACAUUGAAUUUUCUUCUUACAUUGUUUGUAAGGGAUUUAGAUUUAAUCCAAUAGAUCAGAGACUCAAGGCAAUUUUAAGCCUCCAACUAUAUGGAAGAUAUUUAGAGGAUGAUGAUAUUCCUAUCUAUACUCCAAAGUGCAAUCAUCCACUUGGAAUUGGUGAUAAAAAUCAGAUACACAUCUCUCAGAUAACUACUCCAUCUUAUUUAAAACCCUAUUAUGCUAAUAAUGUAAGAUUGGACAGCUUAAAUUGUUGGAUUCCUGAAUCUCUACAACCGAAUGAUUACAUUCAAAUAGAUUUAGGUCAUGUAUACCACGUGACAGGUUUUAUUUCGCAAUCGUGCAAAAGUGAAAAAAAGUACAUUUAUGAAUUUAAUGUUAAGUACUCGUUAUAUAGAAUUCACGGAUGGAAAACGUAUAAUGAAGAAUCAUUGAAUAAUAAAACCCUCUUUAUAAGAAGUAGCCCAAUAUUAACAACAAAUAUGAAAUAUCUAUUGCUCUUUAACGAAACAAUAGAUUUACGAUUUAUGCGAUUAUCGCCCAAAGGAUGGUACAAUAACAAAGGAUUACGCUUAGAGAUUAUCGGAUGUAUAAAACAAGAAGCUGCAAUAACAACUGCAAAAAAUGAACUACAACAGAUUACUGUUCAAGAGGAUACUUUAGGGGGAAAUUCAAUUUAUUGGGGAGAAUUGAUUAAUCCAAAUUUAACUUGCCUAAAACAACCAAUCAAAAUAGGCCUAAACUGUAAAAGUGUUUAUAAAAUUACUGGAUUUACAAUUUAUUCGAAUUUAACUGAGAAUUUAAACUUAACAAUUGAAUAUUCGUUAGAUUCUUUAAAAUGGAUAACUUAUUCAAAUGGUUAUGAUUAUAAUUACUCAAACAAUACAAAAAAACACCAAAUAUUAUUAUCUAUUCCAAUAAUUGCUAUUUACGUAACGUUAUCAGUUCAAACUGAUAGUUUGAUUUGUUGGAAAAUAUCUAUUCAUGGAGGGAAAUAUUCUGAAUGUCCACCUGGAUACUUUCUCUUUGGUACAAAAUGCAUUUCACACCAUUCUUCUACAACUGCUACCCAUUUCAGUUCUGCUAAUGAGUGUAAAGGCCUACCGUGGAAAGGUGAAGGUUACAUGCUUUUACCAAACGAAUCAACAGAAACACGUAUGGGAUUAAUGCUCCACAAUGGAAAAUUUACCUGGUCAGACGGAAGUACAUUACCAGAAAAUGAGGUUAUAAGAUGGAAUGGUCCUAUUGGCUUUGACACCUGUGGAGCUUUUGACAAAUCAAACGGAUUCUGGCAAAAGAUAUCUUGUUUUACCGACAGUUUAUUAUUCUCAUGCGAAAAGGACGCAUUACCGCCACCUAGCGAAAAAAAAAAUAAAUUUUGGACAGUUGUCCCAUCGGCAUCGCUGAACACAUCUAAUGCAAAUAGUUGGAUUUAUAAAAGCGAUUUCAAUACAAAAUUCGAUUGUUUAAUGGCAUGUAAUGAAGAAAUAAGAUUCGAUUGUAUCUCAUUUUCAUUUGAUACAAAGACAAAAGAGUGUGAAUGCUCAAUUAGCCUGAUAAAAGAAAAUGUAUUGGGAGUAAAAUGGAAUGUUUCUUCUGAAUACGAUUCGUCAACUGAUAAAACUCAUUUACCAUUACACGAAAAAAAAGGUUUAAAGGGCUAUUGGAGACCUAAAGAUACUGAUACUAAACCAUGGAUUCUCUUCUAUUUCGAUCAAAUCUUAUCAAUAUCUUCUUUCAUUUUACAAGGAAGUGGAAAAUUGAGUGAUUUUGCAUAUGUUAAAAAAUUUACAAUUCAAUCGUCAAUAGAUAAUAUCGAAUGGAGUAAUGUCACGUGGGAUUAUAGUAAUACAUAUGACUUUGAAGGAUCAUUUGAUCAUGUUUAUUCAAGAUUAUAUACAUUUAAAAAUUCAUUGCGAACACGUUACGUAAAAUUCGAUCUAAUUGAAAAAAGAAACUCUUUUUCUAUGCAAAUUGAAUUGUUUGGUUGUGUUGAAUUUAUUCCAGAUUGUUUUACUGUACCGUCAACAAACGACCUUCACAUUGAAGGUACCGAUAAGAAAUCUAAAUUAAAAUGCUUUGAAGAUUGGACAGUUAUUGGUCAGAAACUCUCAGCCGACAAUGAUUAUUGGCUAAAAAAUUGGUAUGAUUAUAAACAUGGAUUUGAAAGUGAUAAAGAAUUUUGGUCUGGUAAUGAAUUAGCAACAUAUUUAACUAAUUUUAGACAAUAUAAUGCUAGGAUUGAUAUGUGGUCUAAAGACGGAAGUCACGUGCACAGUGAAUUUGAAGGAAUUAAAUUUCAAUCUGAAAGAAAUUCCUAUUCAAAAACUAUUGAAAAAUUCCAAAGUGGUAGCGCACCGUCAACGAAAUUUUUAACAACAACCUACUUUUAUUCAAUUGAUAACGAUAAUGAACUUUCUUGUGCUCAAAACACAAAAAGUGGUUGGUGGUUUUCUAAAAGUUCCUGUUCCUCUUCGAAUUUAGUAGGUUCAAAUUCUUAUUGGUUUCUUGAUGCAACUGAUUUGAAUGACGUUUAUAAAUUUAAAGUUGAAAAAUUUCUUUUUAAAAUUAAACCAAAGACGCCGUAUAAUAUCGCUCUUGGUAAAAAAGCAUAUCAAAAAGUAACCAAUGGUAAAAAUGAAGCAAACCUAGCCAUUGAUGGUAUUGCUUUAAGUGACGCCUCACUAGGUUAUUGCGCAAUUGGUGAAUUAACAACAAAUCCUUGGUGGGUUGUUGACUUGCUCAAAUCAUUUAAUGUCACCGGAAUUACAGUACUCAAUAGAAAAGAUUGCUGUUCAUCAGAACUAUCCAACUUUACAAUUGGACUAGCAGACAGCUUUGAUGAGAGUAAUUUCAAUCCUACAUUAUUCAAAUUAUGUAAAUAUUACAACAGAACUAUUGGAUCUGGUGUAAAAGUGGCUAUAAAUUGCGAAAAUGAAAGUACUCAAGGUUCUUAUCUAGCUAUAUGGAUGGAAGGUGAAAAUCGUAGAUUAGGCCUAUGCGAAGUUGAAAUUAAAGCGAAGUUAAAAUAUGGUGAAAGCAGUUUUGGAGAAGAUUGCGAAACGGAUUCGAAUUGUGUUGAAGAAUUAACGUCUUGUCUUCCAAGAUUCGAACCUAAAAAUCUCGAUAUUUUAUCCUAUUCUUGUCAAUGUUCCCUCUACACUAUUCGAAAAGAUAACAAAUGUUAUGCUGCUACAGACAUUCUGUUGAAGAAUAUCAACUUUCAAGGUGAAUUUAUAAGGGAGGAAGAAAGUACUCAACAAUCGACAGUCUUAUUGGUUAAUAAUGGUGGUUGGACAAUUGCUGAAUCAACUUUACCAAACAAUAAUUUUGAAUUUUCAGCAUUAAUUUCAAAUUUGGAGAGUAAUUUUACUGAAACAUGGAGACAAGAUUUAAUUUUAACUUUCAUAUAUGGAUUAAACGCCGAAUUGCCUAGUAGAAAUUUAACAAAUUUAACAAAAAGAGGUGAAGCGUCUAUUUCUUUAUCAGCUUCAUUGAAAUUUCCAAUUUUACAAUGCUAUAAUCAAACUUAUGUUUGUGGGAAUGUAUUGAGAUCUCCAAACAGCUCAUUUAUUGAAUGGGAUUCAUCAAACAAUGAAAAAUGUUUCUCAUUUUUACCUUUCAUUAACUGUAAACCGGAAAUAGAUUUAUCAAUAUUCAAGAUAACUCUCAUGUGGAAAGAAUACAUUUAUAGGAGUAUUACUCAAAAUCAUACAUUUGUUGUUACCUUGUUAAAUAACAAUUCAAAUGUUCAUGACGUAAUACCCCUUUUUGACGAAUACUUUAAUUUCGAUAUGGAAUAUGUUUUAUCCGAUAAAAUUGAAGAUAUUAAUAGUAGCAAUCCAAAAUGGAAGAAAGCAACAAUGGAUUUAAAAGAUAAACAGAAAGGACUAAAAAUUGGAACAAAUUUAAAUUUAACAAUUAAUUUAUCAGCCUAUAUCUCAAGAUCUCAAUGCGAAAAUGAUCUUAAUAUCUGCUUUAGAAUCGUCUUAUCAAAUUCAUCAUCCUAUAAGGAAAGUAAUAGAAAUAAUGAUAUUCUUUGCCUAAAUCUGGAAAAAUAUAAAAAUUGUACACCAGGCCUAGCGAUAAAAGGUUUAAAUUUUCAAAUAACAAAUGACAACCUAAUGGAGGGAAGCCAAAGUGAAUUUUCAGUUUUAUGGAAAGAAGGGACAGAUGUAAAUUAUAUUGUAAAUUUUACAAAUAUAGAUUCAACAUAUUGGAAUUGGUUAGAAUCAGGUCACGUGUCCUCAUUUGGACAAAUUAGUAAACAAACUUUACAAUAUAAUUAUACAAACUACGGCAGGUAUAACGUUAGUUUAACAGCAUGGAAUGAAGUUGGAAUUGAAAUAUUUUGGUUAAUUAAAAUUGUUGAACCAAUAUUAGAGAAUCAUAUUGAAAUUUUGAAUGAAUAUAUUCCAAAUGAACCACCUGUUCAAGUAAUUUUCAAUGUUUAUUAUAAAUAUGAUACAAACAAGAAAACAAAACAAAUUUCAUUGAGUUGUAUUGUUGAAAUGGAUCAAAAUUUUACUACAUACAAAACUGGUACUCUUAGUCAUAAUCUACCAGUUUUUAUUGAUUUUAUCUAUCCUAUUGACAAAUUACAAACAACGGCAAUUGUCGUUUGUAAUAAUACAGUUUCGAGUUUUAAUUCUACUUAUAUAUUGAAACUUCAACAAAAUGUUUCCGAUCUAAUAAUGAAAUUUAAUGCCACCUAUUGGCCAUCAUUUAAAAAUAUUUCUCUAGAAUUAACGUUAAAAAACGGAAGUGACGUUGAAUAUGAAAUUUCAUUUGGUGAUGGAAUAAUUAAGGUAUUUAAACAUCCUGAGUUGUUUGCGAAUAGAAGGCCAUUUUUAACAUAUUAUUCCUACUCGCUGAUUGGUGAAUAUAAAGCAAAGGCAAUAGUUAGAAAUGAAUUUUUUAACUGUUCAAGCGAAACUACUCAAAACCUUUUCAUUCAGCAUGAAAUAAAGAAAAUUGACUUGAGACUUUCUUAUAAACAACCUAGAACAGUUAAUUUAACUAUAACAGAAGUUGAGAAUGGGUUUUCACCCACAAAUGUCACAUGUCUAAUUCAAUAUAGCAAUAGAGGAAAUGAAAGGAUAUUAUACAACGUUGACCUAAUUAAUGGGGUAUUUCUAAUUUAUGAAUAUAGUAGAGAGUUUAACGAAAGGGAGAAAAGAAAUUUAACAAUAAAAGCUGUCUGUUAUAAUAACGUUUCCAGUUCGUCUGCCCAACAAAAUCUUUUACUAGAGGAGGAAAUUUCUCACUUGAACGCUUCAAUUGACAAAACUACUGUGAAAACUUUUGAACAGUUUAGUAUAAAUUUAACAGCAAUAACCGGAACAAAUAUAAACUGGACAAUUGAUUUUGGAGAUGAUGGAACCAGUCUAAAUAAAUUUAAUGAUGGCCCAGGAAUGGAAUAUAAUUUAAAUUAUACUUAUAAAACUCCUGGAUUAUUUCAAAUUGUGAUUAAAAUGUUCAAUUCAGUUAAUAAUAUCACUAGACACUACUCAAUUAUUGUUCAAGUACCAAUUAUUGAUUUUAUAGUUGAUACACCAAAAACUGGUACUAUUGACAAUCAACCAAUAAAUUUUAAUGUCAAGGUCAACCAGCAAGGUCAACAGCAAUCUCCAACGGAUGUUUUCUGUUCAUUUCAGCCAGUAUUAAAACAAAAUGCAACAAUUGAAUAUGUAUACAAACCGGAAAUGACAAAUAAAAAACAAAUGACACUAAGCUAUAACUAUUCAAAAAUGGAUGUUGGUAGAAAUAUUACAGUUGGAAUAUCAUGUAAGAAUUUGGUUAGUAAAUUUGAAUAUUAUUCUAAUUUAUCCAUAUUUGAAAAAAUUCAAAAUUUAACGGUCAAUAUUGAAAAAUACGGUUAUGAAAAAUAUGAAAAUAUAUCACUAAUUUUAAAUGUUGAUGCUGGAUCGUCAAUUAUUUAUAAAAUAAACCAAUCGGCCACCAUUUUAGUGGAGAAACAUCCAAUGAUAUUCGCCAAUCAGCAACCGUUUGUUAAAGUUUUACAAUUCUCUAAUAUUGGUAAUCAUUCUUUAAGGAUAGUUGGAGAAAAUGACGUCAGUCAACAAGAACAAAUCAUUGGUGUAGUUGUACAGAAUAGAAUUGAAAAUAUAGACUUAAUGGCAAAUGAAUCAAUAUUAUGGACGCCUGGCGUUAUUUCAUAUCAACUUUACUCUGAAUCUACUCAACAGAUUCUUACGGAUGUCUAUUGUCAAUUUGAAUUUAGUAAUGGUAUGUCAGCAAAUAAAUUCAUACCAAUAUGGCCGCCGAGUGGUUUAUUUACCUAUAAUUUCUACUUUCCAAAAACUGCUAUUGGUAACCUAACUACAAAUUUGUCUUGCAGUAAUUUGCUAUCUGUUAAGAAACUGCAAACUAGGACAGAAAUUAUAUUAGACGCCGUAAUAAUAGAACAAAUAAGAGAUAACGGAACUGUCCUAUUAACCAAUGAAACAACUAUAAUUAUUGAAAUUAGCAGAAUGGGUACAAAUUCCUGUUUUAUCCUUGACCUUGGUGAUACAUACUCAACAAAAUUGGCAUUUGGGGUUAAUGAGCUUUGCGAGAAUUUUGCCUUUGAAAGGUCAAUAAACUUUACUAAAAUAGGUUAUGAAGAGAAGACAAUUGUAAUUAAUCAUGUUUACGAAGCGGUAGCCUAUUACAGUAUUAAAGUCGAAGGAUUUAACAAUAUAACAAAAGAUGAAAAAUCGUUUAUUACAAGAGUUGCAGAUUGGCAUUGCUAUAGUCCAAAUGCAACUGUACCCAUUGAAUAUACAAUUGCAGAUAAUCCAUUGCAAAUUAUUAAAAGUAUUGCAGUAGAAAUACCAGUAAAUAUUAGUUGGGAUUGUAUGAAGACUAAUCAACUGCAAUACGAAUGGAAAAUAAUCGAAUUGAGUACUAAUUCUUUAGUAUUUCAAUCGAAUAAUAAAACACUAAAAGUAGGUGAGCGACAAUUGGAUUAUGGACAAUAUAAAAUUGAAUAUUUUAUACAAAUGUUCAAUAUUUCUUAUGCUAAUAAUACUUAUGAAUAUUUUAUUGAAAUCAUACCAAGUCAACUACAUGCAGAAAUUGAAAAUGGUAAAUGGAUUAGUGUCAAUUAUGGGAUUAAUCAAACGUUUAAUGCCGGAUUAUACAGUUACGAUCCGGAUAAUCAAGAAAAUGAUAAACUUAAAGGCCUACACUUUCAUUGGUACUGCAGGCAACAAAAUGAAGUAAUACCAUUCAAUUUCAAUAGUUAUAUUCAAACAGGACUAAAUUUAUUAAAAAUACCAACAUUAAGUGAAUUUAAAAAAAAUGGCGGAUGUUUUGGAAAUGGUCCAGGAUAUAUUGGCAACAGCAAAACUGGAAAAUUAACAUUAAAAACAUAUUAUAUGAUACCGAAUAUAACUUACAUUAUAACAGUUAAAAUUCAAUCAAAUAUUCAAAAUAGACAAGCAAUAUAUGAACAAAAUCUCUAUUUAAAACCAUUUGAAAAGCCAAUUUUAAAUAUAAGAUGUAAAAAGAAUUGUCUUAGGAAGAAAGCUCUCUCUUCUUCAAUCAUUUACAAAGCUGUUUGUUUGUCAAAGUGUACUAGCCUCUAUUGGAAAAUUUCAUACUUUUGGAAAAGUUUUGUGUACGCUAAUCAAACUUUAUCAUUUGUUCAAGAUUUUCAAGAUAGAGUCCUUAAUGGGAAUUUAUCUUUAGUUUCCAUAGAAAUAAAGGAAAAUGGUCUAUUUCCAGGACAUUAUCAUACUGUAAGUGUUGAAGGGCAAAUGGGAGAAAUUGGCGAUAUUGGAUACACUAAUGAGACAUUUCUAGUUAAUAAACCACCAUUUGGUGGCCAUUGUAGUUGCCAACCAAGAUAUGGUUUUGCUUCGAUAACAAACUUCCGGAUAAGUUGUCUAGGUUAUAAAGAAUUUGAAAAAUCCCCCGACGCUCCAGGUUUAAAAUACGAGUACAGAGUAAGAUGGAAAGGCAGAAGGCAAAGUUUCCCCCUAUACUUUUCUUACAAUCAGGAAGCAGUUUAUCUUAUGUUACCAGUUGGAGAUCCCAAGUAUGGAAUUACUGAAACUGUAGUCCGAGUUAUUGAUUCCAUUGAUGAUAAAUACGAAUUCAUUUUUGAUGUUCACGUUCAACCACCCCCAAAACCUGAACGUUUACUAUUAGAAUCAACUCUUAAUGAUAUAAAUAAUGGAAAUUUAGAAAUUUUGUUGGACGUUGGUAAUUUUAGCCAAUUAGCUUCGAGUAUUUACUCAGUUGCUUCCAUUCUGAAUACAAAUUUGAGUAAGCCGCCGAAAGAAUUAGAGAGAGAUAAAUGCGAAAAAAGAACCACACGAAUUGGGAUACGAAAACAAUUGAUUGAAUAUGUAUUGAAGACUCCCCAUGAAUCGGUUGAUGAACUUGAACAAAAUAAUGGUCUUAUAAGUUCUCUUGUAUUCAAACCAAAAGAAGUGGACAUCAAUUCCCAGGUAAAUGUAGCUAAUCAAGUUGGCAAGUUAAAUACCGUAUUAAAUACGAAGAAAAUCACUCCAAAACUUAGAAGAGAAAUAUCCAUUAGCCUAUUAGAAACAUCUAUUCUAGUAACUACAGCUGCUGACACUUUUAAGCAAGAUGUUGAGAAGAAAGAAGAAUUUAUCGCCAGUAAUAAAAAUAAUAAUUCGACAAUCUUCUUUUGCGACAUUACGUCACGUGACAAUGGAACAAACUUACCAAACAAUAAUACUAUAGAUUAUAUUGUUAAUAGUACAAAUAACAAACUGAGAAUCGUUAUGACUAACAUUUUAAAUGCUAUUCAUAACGUUACGAAUGAAUUGCUCUUGAGACAGAAAUUGAAUGAUCCACCUUUAAUUGUUGAGUAUGAAGAAAUGGCUAUUAGUAUUGAAAGAUUGUCCAUAAAUCGGGUCAUAAAUAAUAACUACUCAUCAAAAUUUGGUUCAGUGAAUUUGAAUUCAUUCAAAAUUGAUAAUAAUAGUGAUUCUUGCGUAACGAAAAUGUUAAUUAUGUCAAGAAUUAAUCCCUAUAUGUGGGAUAAAUCUUCUCUAAAUGUGACGUCAUCAGUAACUGAAUUACAAAUUAAACCUUGUAAUUCAAAUUCUGAACAAUCAGCUAGAAGGAAGAAGAGAAGUGUUGAAAACAUUCAAACAAAUUUUACACUUAAUUUACAUAUGCUGAGUGAUAAUACGGCCUUUCAACAUAUAAAUACAACAAAUACAACAGCUCUUCAUAUCAUUAAUGCCACUAGGAGUGUUUUACUGUUAACGUUCAAACUGAAGAGAGACGAUAGCAUCUCAGUGCUCAUUGGUUAUAAUUUCAUACCAGUUUCUGAUAGAAAUAACGCUUCGUUUAUUCUACCAAAUGCAAAUAAGACUUGUUCGUCCAACAUGAAUUUGGAAGAUUGUAUCCAGUACAAAAGAACAAUAAUGCUUAGGAUAAAUGAAAAUCAAACUGUCAUAACUUCCAUUUCCUGUUCAAAUUGCUCAAAUGGAAAUCUCAAUUACAGCAUUCAUAUCGCCUAUCCAACCUGUAAAAUGUGGAAAGGUAACAGCUGGGAAGAAAGUGACGCCUGUAGAAUUGAUAAAGAGACGACAGCGUCUAAAACAAAAUUUACAAGUAAUCUAUUUGGUAGUUUAGGAGCUGGAUUAGAAAUGGCACCGAAUCUUAUUGAUUUUAGAACAGUUUUUAAUGACUUUUCAACAAAAUUGGCAAACAAUGCAGCAGUGUUCGGAACGAUAUGUUCACUAUUGAUUCUCUUCAUUCUCUUAGCAUUGCCAGUUAGAAGAAUGGACAAGAGAGAUACAUUACUCUGGACUCCAUUACCAUUACUUGAUAAUUGUAAAGAAGAUCAGUAUGUAUACGAGGUACACGUCUAUACCGGAAGUAGGAAAGAUUGCGGAACUAAAUCAAAAGUUUGCUUAACUUGUUACGGAAGCGACUGCAAUACCGGAAAUCGUAUACUAUCAUCUUCAAAGGAGGAAACAAGUAAUUUUUUUCGUGAAGGGUCAACUAGAUCAUUCAUAAUGAAAACUACUCAGAGUCUAGGAUCAAUUAUCUGUAUUAAGAUAUCCCUUGAAAAAGAUAAUCCCAAUAAUGCGGAUAAUCCCGAUGAUCUUUCAUUAAAAGAAUACGAUCCCUGGUUUUUAUCAAGGAUAAUAAUCAUAGAUAAAAGUGCAAAUGCUUGGUACAAUUUCGAUUGCGACGAAUGGUUGUCACCGAAACACGGCGAUCGUCAAACUGAAAGAAUACUAAUUGGGGCGAGAAGUGACGCUAAUACGAAAAUUGAUGGACUGUUUAAGAAGAAUUUAAGACAAAGAUUAACUGAUGAUCAUCUCUGGGUAUCCAUUGGAGCUAGGAGGACAAAAUCGCAGUUUACCAGACUACAAAGAUUAACAGUCUGUUUUGUUGCUCUAUUCCUGUCGAUGAUUGCUAGUUGCAUGUUCUAUAGAAAUUCUGAUGAAUCAUCUGUUCAAAAUGGCUUGAAAAUUGGCGUCAUUACAUUUACUGUAUACGAAUUAUAUGUUGGAUUGGCUAGUAGUAUUGUUGUAUUUCCGGGAUUGAUUCUUAUUACUUUGCUGUUCAAUUCGAAAAGAUGGCCCAAGUAUACAAUACCUCUUGGGUGGUCUUUUGCUGUUUUAACUGCAUUUACUGCGGCGUUCUUUACAGUUUUAUACUCUAUUCAAUGGGGAGAGGAAAAAUCGUUACAAUGGCUGAUAUCAUUCAUCCUAUCAUUUGUACAAAGUAUUAUUCUAGUUCAACCAAUCAAAGUUAUAUGUAUAGUAUUCUUGCUGACGUUUUUCUUGAAAAAAGACGCCAUUUUAACGGAAUACGAAGAUGAUAUUGGAGAUAUGAGAAAAAUGGACAUGAAGGAUCUAUCACAUGUUCCAGCUGAAUUGAAUAUUUUUGAAAGAUUAAAAAUGGCGGCUGAUAAGGAAAAUAAAUCAAAAAUGGAAAAUCACUUGGACGGAAAGAUGCGUAUCAUGAUAAAAGAUAUUGUCCUACAUACUAUCUUUUUGAUCUUUAUCAUCUUUAUCUGCUACAGUAAUCACAAUCCUAUGAUUUAUUAUCAAAAUAGGUCGAUAUAUAAUACAAUACCAAAUGUUCAAAACGUAAAAAAUUACGAAAAAUUAUGGGAUUGGUUGGAAAAUUACGCAAUACCGGAACUUUAUCCAAAGACCCAUUAUAAUAAAAGAAAUCUAUCUUCGUAUAAUUUGAAAUAUACAAGAGAAUUGAAUCAUAUGAGAUUUUCUUCUGUCAGACUAUUUCAAAGAAGAGUUCAACAAUCUAAUUGUAUAUUAACAACAGAAAUGAAAAGUCUAUUUAAAAAUCGUUCCUGUUGCGGUUUUGAUGAUAGUACUCUAGAUUAUUCAUCAAGUUUGAAUAGUACUCUACGUAACGCUUUUACGUAUUCCAUAAAGGAGAAGGGUUUCUCAGUAUCGUUACGUCAGAACGGCGACGAAGCUUUACAAAUAAUAACAAAUUUGAAAAAAUACGGUUGGUUAGAUAGACAAACUCGUCACGUGAUACUAGACGUCACAAUUCUAAAUCAAGUGAUAGUUUCUCAAGCAUCUUGGUCUUUUGAAUUCAAACCAGUUGGAGGUAUAAUAGCCAAGGUUCGAAGUGAUUCUCUGAAAUUAUAUAGAUAUACUGGAGCAGGUGGUCUAGCAACUCUUAUCUUUGAAAUUCUAUCAGUCCUAGUCUGGCUAAUCUUUAUCAUUCGAUGCAUUUAUCGUUACAAAAAAUAUUUUGAAAUGCCUGGUGUCUUGCUGCUCAUCUCGCUGGUCUCUUUCACAAUCUCUAUUGUUUUAUAUAUUUGGAGGACGAUAAUAGGUGUAAAAUCAGUAGAAGAAGUAAUGAAUUCGAGAACGGAAUAUGUGGACUUAUCAUUGAUUUUUUCAACACACCAAUACUUUAUGACAUUUAUUGCAUUUUGCGGUUUUUUUGGGCAGCUUCACGUUCUAUCUCUGCUGAAAUUAUCAAAAACCAUCACAGUUCUUGUCAGUACAAUAAAGAAAUCUUGCAAACAAUUGAUAUCAAUCGGACUUUGCUGUUGUAUUAUAUUUAUCGCUUAUGCUUGUUGGGGUUACGUCAUAUUUGGAAAGUCUAUAAAUAACUAUAAAUCUUUUAAAUAUGUCUGCUACUCACUACUUGUCACAAUCUUCGGACAUUUAGACUUUGAAGCAUUGUCGACAACUUCCGGUUUGAUGGGAAAAAUCUACAUUACGUCAUACGCAUCUAUAAUGCUCUAUUUAAUUUUAAAUAUAUUCAUUACAACAUUAAAUGAAUUUUUAUAUAGUGUCAGGUUAGAUCCAACCGCAUUGCCAGAAGAUCAUAAAGUAUUUAAAUACAUGACUGCAACAAUUGCAAAGAUGUUUUCAAAGAAUAAUACAAAACCAGAAGAGAAUUUAAAUCCUGAGCGUAACGAUAAAUGUAAUAAUUCAAAAUUUAAAGAGUUAAAUACUAAAAUUGAUUAUAUGGAAAAGAUUAUCUUCUUGAAUUCUGAUAAAGAUAUUGAAAUAUAUGAAAAAGUAUUGAAUGUACUCAAGUUGAAAACAUUUUGA